CCCCCUUUUUUUAAUAAGGAACUUCUGCCCAAGGAUGUGACUCACAGCUGGAUCGAAAAGGUCUUCUCUAAAUGCGGAAGCGUUCUUUACGUGAGCAUUCCGAGGUAUAAAACUACUGGCCACUCCAAAGGUUUUGCCUUUGUGGAGUUUGAGACGUCCGAACAAGCAAGUAAAGCCAUCGAGAUGCUGAACAACCCUCCUGAAGAUGCGCCAAGGAAGCCUGGAAUUUUCCCCAAGACGCUACAUGGGAAGCUUUUCCAUCUGCCAACAGACAAUCCGCAUCCAGGUGGAGGCGAGGAGGAGAAGAAAAAGCGCAAAAAGAAAAAAAAGAAGGUGGAGACGCCAGCUGAAACCGCCCCGGUGCUGCCGAUGGAAGCUGAGUUGACGGAUCAGCAGCAGCUUAAGAAGAAGAGUCAGUGUUCAGAUGCUGGUGAAAUUUCAGAGAAAAAAAGACAACGUUCACACUCAGCGGAUGAAUCGGAGACAGAAGUGCCUUCCAAAAUGAGGAAAAAAGAUGACGACGUCUCCGACAGCAAUGCUCAUGUGGAAGGCGAGAGGGGUGUGGAGGACAGCAAAGAAAACCAAGAAGAUUCACUAGUCAAAGUGAAGCGCAAGCGUAAAAAGAAACAUAAGGAGAAGCUGAAAAUCGAAGAGGAGGUCAUCCCACUGAGAGUCUUGUCCAAGAAAGCAUGGCUUGACCUCAAAGUGGAGUACCUGAAGCUCCAAAAGUGCAGCAUGUCAUCCCUGAAAAAGUGCAUGACACAGCUGGACGGCCAGGAGUGCAGCACAGGGACGGAAGGGGGUGGUGAAACUCGGAGCGAAACAAUGGAGGUUGUGAGUCAGGGUCCCCAGUUCACAAGUGGCGUCAUCAUAAAGAUUACUGACAAGAAGGCGCUUCCAGGGAGGAAGAUGAUUAAGGAUACUCUUUCCAAAAUCUCCCCCGUAGCGUACGUGGACAUCCUGGAGGGUGACGCAGAGGGCUUUGUGCGCUUCCCCAGCCCAGAGGACGCUCAGGCUGUCAGCAAUGUCGGGGCUGAUCUGCAGAAGGAGCACAGCUGGCAUCUGGAGAUCCUCUCAGGUGACCACGAGCAAAGGUACUGGCAGAAGAUAUUGGUGGAUCGUCAGGGCAAACUGAAUCGUCCCAGGGAUAAGAAGAGGGGCAUAGAGAAGCUCAUAUCCAAAGCGGAGAAGAUCAUAAUGGCUCGAGCCAAGGAGGCCCACAAGCACAUUCGCUUCCAAGAUGACUGACAAAGGUUGCUCUAUUUUUACACAGCAGCAAGUUUUGACUAUCUCAAAGGUGUGUCAAAAAUUAUUCAUUUUUGUGAUGACUAUUUCCCCGUUGGAGAUGUGACAAUGUUUUUUUUAAUGUAAUUUUACAGCAAAUUUAAUUCAUCAGUUAUGUACAGAACUGGAGUGUGCAUUAAAGGGAAACCGCUUGUUUUGAAUGAUGAA